UAAAAAUGAUAAUUUCUCUCCGAUAAUAUUAUCAAAUGAAGUUUAAUGAUUACACUGGACCCGUGGUAUUAACUCUAGGAGAGAGAGAGAGAGAACGAUAUCAACCCUAGAUAUCCCCGCAGUUAGAUUCUACUCGAGUUCAAAUAAAUAUUUUGCUGAGACGGUAGAGAGAGGAAAACCGGAAGAAACUUGAGCUAAGAGAGUUCAAAGAAGUCUCAUACUCUGAUUGUUCAAACAAACCUAAACAAUUUAACAUUUUUCUUUUUAAGAAUACGAGUUUUUACAAGUGCCCAAACAUUGAAAAGUGAUCAAUUGUAAAACCUAGAGUGGUUAAAAUAAAUUAGUAAAUUGAGUGAAAUUGUUAAAAACGGCGGAGUCAGUGGCGGAUGAGAAAAUAGUUUACUGAAUGGGAGCUCCACCCAUUUACUCCUUGGCAGCUGCAAGACGGAGCGGAGGGAUGCUUAGUAAUGUAUCUCCUGUAAAUGAAGGAAACGGAAACGGAAUAUCCGGACGCGGAAUGCAAACCAGUUCAUAUGAACGUCAUCUGAAGGUUGGUAUAGAUGAGGAGCCCUGUAAUGGUUCAAUGUGUAACAGUGAAGUAAUAUCUCCUAGUUUCUUCGGGCGUCCUUUUAGUGCAGGAGCACUCCAACAGAGCAGGUGGAAUCCAUUCAAGAAAAAAUCUGGUAUCUUGGGGGUCAUUCAUGCUCAGUCCAAGCGGAACAGGGUCGUCUCAAAACAUGGCAAACUAAACACCUUCAGAAGAGCAGAAGAAAACGAAGAACAGCACAGUGAGACCUGGAAAAAGAUGAAAGAUAGAAAAGCACUGUUGACCUUAAACUUCAAUUUAAGGUACCUGAAAGAUUUUUUUACCUCUAUGAUUGACCUUCCCUGGUCCUGGACACUAUUCAGCUUCGCCGCCUCCUUCUUCUUCUCAUGGUUUCUCUUUGCAGUUGUCUGGUAUAUCCUGGUGCUAAUACAUGGAGACCUUGUCCCAUUAGAAGAGAGAGACCCAGAACACAAGGAAUCCUAUAUAAAUUAUUAUAUAUAA